AUGAACGCCAUAGCUGAAGAAAGUAUUGAUGGUAGUGACAGAGCAGGUGAGGGAAUAACAUUUCUAACAGAGGGUACAAGUGAAGAUAUCUCACAAAUAAGCGAAGAAUCAUGUGCAAUCCAGUGCAACAAUAGAGAGAUCAAAUUCAUAAUAGAUACUAUAGAUAGUGGUGCAAGGAAUCAUCUGGUAGAUGGCGGCAUUGGACAGUUUUUAGUUAACGCGCAGGAAGUCUCAUGCUCAAUAAAAGUUGCAAAACCAGGGAAGACUAUGCAAGCAACAAAGAAAGGGAAUGCUGAACUCGAAAACUGA